ACACAGGACCAUGCCAGAAGGACAAUCACUUAUUAAACUGUAAGAAGCACUGUAUAAAAUCUACCAGUUAACAGUGUAAUUAUGAAAAACAUUUCUUUCCAGCCUGCAGUAACUGUGCAGAGCAUUGCUUUGCUCCUUUUGUGCAAAAGUGCACAAUCCCGUAUGUUCACUUGCUGUUUAAUGAACCACAGUUUCACAAUGACAAGACGACAUAUGCAAACCAUAACCACAAUUUUAUUAUGAUGCCGAUACAGACAUGAAAUAGGUCUUGCCACAAGAUCUGAUCGAUGCUUAAGUAUUAAGUGAGAUGCAUGAUUUUUAUUUUUUUUUUACCUAAAAUGCAUCUCUCACUUGUGUGCAAGGUUUUGAAUUGCAAGGGGACGUGAAAUUAAUUGAUAUGCAGUUUACCACAUAGAGACGUUAGUCUGUGUGCUAAAAAACAAUCUUCUGUGAAUGUCAUCAAUACGCUAACAGAAUUGCAGACUAGAUUAAUGUCACUGAUCUGCACAUACAAUAUUAAAGACAACCCACUUCCCUGAGAGAAAUAUAUUCGGUCAAAGUGUAACAUUCUUGCCAAUUUAAGUAAUUUUAUUCUGAAAGGAACUGUGCAAGGCAAUACUGAGCAGAGCUACAUGACAGAUGAGACAAACUGUGUGAGAGGUGGUGGGCCCACUUCCUGUCUUCACAUUUUUACACUUCUCGUGAUUGGGGGGAUGGAGGGGCGGAGAGGAUGCAGACUGAGGCGGUUCAAGAUCAGAGAGACGCAGAGAGAGAGGAAACAAGAAGCUGGGAGAGGAGGACCGGCAGACUGAAAAGGCAUAUCUGUGAGAGGGAGUGGAGAGAGUGAAGCUUUGCAAUAUAGAAAAAAAGAGGAUGAUACAAAACAAUAAGACUGAAUGCAAGCUGAGAACAGAAAGAUGAGAGGUGAGAGCUGAGAGGACGACGGGGAGGAGCAGAUACGGUCAAAAGGUUAUGCAAAAAGAGGAGUCUGCAAGAUUUAUGACUCAUUCAAACACUGAGGAGAAAGGUCACUGUUCAACAAACUGUUUCCUGCUCUUGAAGUUUGAUGGAGGAAAAUUGUAAAUUGUUCCCACACACCUCUCUGCACAUUCACACGCGUUUAACGUGCAGCUGUGCUGAACCUGCCACCGAAGGAAUAUUGAUGAGCUUGAUUGACAACCUGGUAGUUGUUGCUCCUCAGACACUGUGACCAUGUUCUCUUCUGCCUCUUCUAUCCCCUUCACUCUUUCAGCCUCUGCAUCAUCCAACUCCUCUCCUUCAUCCCUCCCCGUUUCAAUGUCAUCCCUCUUGCCAGCUAGCUCUCUCUCCCCUUCCUCCCCUCCUUUCUCCACCUCCAUACCCUCGGUGGUCUCUCCAAACCAGACUUGUGAUUUUGAUGACACGACCCUUCGUCUGCCACUGGCAGUUUUGUACUCCCUCUUCUUCCUCUUUGGGCUUGUAGGUAACCUCUUUGCACUGUGGGUCUUCCUUUGCUUACACUCAAGUCGCAAUUCUGUAAGAGUUUUCCUCAUCAACUGUGCCGUGGCUGACCUGAUCCUGCUGGCGUGUCUGCCCUUCAGGGUAUUCUACCAUAUUAAUGGAAACAAGUGGGUACUGGGGUCUGUGGGCUGCAAAAUAGUGGGGAAUCUGUUUUAUAUGAACAUGUACAUCAGCAUCAUGUUACUGGGCCUCAUCAGCCUGGACAGAUACUUGAGAUUGAAGGGGAAAGGUAGAGCACGGAGAGGCAUAAUGAUGAGGCUGUGGGGGCACGCCCGGCCGUGGAGCUGGGUGGCAUGCGGGGCCCUGUGGGGUCUGUCACUGAUGGCGCUGGUGCCCAUGAUCGCCACAGCAGAGGACAAAGAGAACAGCACCCAGUGCUUCCAGUACAAGCAGCGACGCAGAGCCAAAGGCAAAGCCUACUUCAACGCCAUGCUGGUGGCGUUCUUCUGGCUGGUCUUCCUCAUGCUUGUGGUCUCCUAUUCGAAGAUCGCCUCCCAGCUGCUGAGGGUGUCACGGGACAAGCCAGACCUUCCUAACUCACACAAAUACCAACGAACCGCCAAGAAAUCCUUCUUUGUCCUCUUUCUGUUCACCCUGUGUUUCGGGCCUUACCACGCCUUUCGCCCUGUCUACAUCCUCUCCCAGCUCAGCGAGGACAUAACAUGUGAUUAUUUAAAGCUGGUGGACCGUACCAAUGAGGUGAUGCUGUUAUUCUCCGCUUUCAAUAGCUGUUUGGAUCCUGUCAUGUACUUCCUGUUAUCUGGCUCAGUGCGCAAAGCAGCCCUCCAAGCGCUCGGACACCAGCUCGGCAACCGCCUUCUUUUCCUUCACGAUCCGACAUCGAACAGCUCGACCGAGUUCAGGCGGCCGUCUCUGGCUACGGCUUUACCAACCCCUGAAAUGAACACCCCCUCAGCCACCCCGAGAACCAGCAUCUGUGUCAUCAACUCCACCCUCCGCCGCACAGGACUGACUGCACUUCAACCUAUGGGCCGACAGUGAUCGCAAAUUUGACACAUUUAACACAGAUUGGACUGAUGAGACAAUUAUCUGUAAAACUGAGCAAAGCAUUUCUAUAUGUAUAUAUAUAUGUAUAUCUGAUUUCUUAUGUCAAAUAAAUAUUUUUUACCACUCA